CUACUUUGUCUGUUAGCGGCGUUUUCAACUUUUCUCAGUUACGUGGUAUCCUUGUUUUCCUUUUUCUUCCUUCUUAUAAGGUCAUUUGAAGAAUUCCAGGAAAGAGCAUCUUUUCUUUUCGCAUAAAACGUCAUAAAUGGCAGUUCCGUCUACCUUUCACCUUGACACUGUCGCUCUUAAUUUGAAAUAUUUCGAAAUUUACCUCGAUGUUUUCCUCAUUAAAAGAUCAGAGAAACAUUCACUUAACAUGUUGCUCAGAACUGCUGCGCGCGAAUCCUAACUCCAAAGGUUUUACAAUUGGAAACUUUUUGCUUCAUUUAUGGUGCUGCAUAAAAAUUUUGCUAGUCAUGAAACAUGUCAGUUUUUGUUUGAUUUUGUAUGCAUUAUCGCAAAGUAUUAAUGCAAAUCGUACCGCUUCCAGUUCUCUACGCUUUUUUAAUGCUUUUGCUCAAAAUGCUGUGCGUUUACAAGAAAUACCUUUAAAAUCCAAUCUGACUAAAAGUGUUGAUAUAAUGCAGUUGAUGACAUUUGGAGAAAAAGUUGGUAACAGUAAUUUUAUUCAACAGAAUCAAGGAUUUGGCUCUAAUAAUCAUAGCAAAUGUUUUGAAGAUAUUAUGUUUGUCUUAAGUCAUCUGACAUCUCAUCCUGCCCUUCAAAUGUUGGAUGCAGAUGGCAAAAUUCCAAGUGGAAUAUUUCUAGGAAAUCUUUUAUGGAUGGGAAAUUAUGAUGAAUGUCUAAGUGUGCACACAUCUUAUGUUGUCAAUGCUUCGGAAGGUUUCAGUGGCUUAUACUGCAUUUCAGAGUGGAAUAUUUCUGUACCAAAGUCUUUUAGUUUGCCUGUCCAACAGCUUCCUAUAAAAACAGGACUGUGUCUUCCAGAUUCUUGUCUAGCAGCAGCUGCUAAAAAUGCAAGCAAAUAUUUAACACACAUAUUUGAACAAAAAACUGUUCAAGAUAAAUAUGAUGCUGAGCUGAAAAUGACGUGUACAAUGGAUGAUGCUAAGCUUAAUCAUUCUGCUUUUAUAUUUUUAUUUCUAGUAAAUGCAUAUCUGUGUGUAGUUUUAUUGGCAAGCUUUGUAACAGUCUUUAAAUCCAUGAGAAGCAUAAAAAAAGUAUUGAAAAAUUCUGUUGCAUUAAUUGAUGCCACUUCAGCAGACAACAAAUAUAGUAAUUUUGUAAAUACAGAAGAUCUAGAAGCCUCUCUAGAAUUGGAAUUCUGUGAAGAUGAUCAAAAUUUUUCUGCAUAUUAUGAGGAAAAACCUGAAUGUUUUCAAAAUCAGAAAUGCUCGUGUCAUUGGAACAAGAUGUUGAAAUUUCUGAAAUGCUUUUGUUUAUUUUCCAAUGCUGCUAAGAUCUUAGAUACAAGUACCUCAAAGAAGCAGUUUCCAUGCAUACAUGGCAUAAAGUUCUUUAGUAUGACUUGGGUAAUACUUGGACAUACAUACAUUCACAACAUAAAUGUUAUUGAAAAUCCACUUGAUUUGUUACAUGGCAUUGAUAAUUUACCAUUUCAAGUGGUUAUUCAAGGUACUUUUUCUGUUGAUACAUUCUUCUUUGUUGGGGGCUUUUUAUUAACUUAUUUAUAUCUUAAAGAAGCUGAGAAAAGAAAUGGUAAAAUAAACUGGCUUGCAUUAUGUUUGCAUCGAAUAAUAAGAAUUACACCUGUUUACUUAUUUCUACUUGGAUUUAAUAUUUUGAUAUUUAAAUACCUUGGAUCUGGACCAUUCUGGGGUGAAGCUGCAAAUGUUACAGAAUGCAAAAAGAACUGGUGGUGGAAUUUACUUUAUAUAAAUAACUUCCUUCCCAUUGAUUCAAUGUGCUUGACUUGGACUUGGUAUUUAGCGAAUGACAUGCAGUUUUUUGUUCUAAAUUCUUCACUUCUAUAUAUAUUGUGGAGGUGGAAUUAUCUUGGCAUAAGCAUAUUUUUUUCCUUGCUGGUUGGAAGUUGGUCAUUAACUUGGUACAUUAGCUAUCACUAUAGUAUUUUACCUUUAUUUUAUGGCAUAUCAAAUGCAACAAAUUAUGUGGACUACAAAGAAAAACUUGUACUAGGAUGGAAUCUUAUUUACAGCAAGCCAUACUGCAGGAUUGGACCUUAUUUCAUUGGUGUAUUUUUAGCUUACAUCUUAUAUCAGAAAGGGGAGAAAGGAAAAUGUAUAAAACUGGGGGUACAAAUUUUAGGUUGGUGUCUUGCUACUUCUUGUGCAUUGUGUGUUAUUUAUGGCUUAUACCAUGUACCACAAAACAGCAUUUUGUUCCACUUUUAUAAUGCUUUAUCUCGAAGUGCUUUCAGUAUUAGUGUUGCAUGGGUUAUUUACUGCUGUGUAACUGGAUAUGGAGGAAUUGUCAAUUCUGUGCUAUCUUAUAAUGCAUGGAUUCCUCUUAGUCGUGUGACAUACUGUGUGUAUCUUUUCCAUCCCACUGUGAUGAGCUGGUUUUUCUUAUCACAGAAAGUACCUGUCUAUUUUACCCAUGCAAAUAUGGUUGUAUAUUACCUUGCUUUUCUCUUUAUAUCAUAUGGAAUUGGUUUUCUCAUCAGUGUUACAUUUGAAGCUCCUAUUAUUAAUCUGGAAAAAUUAUUACGAGACAAAUGAUCUUUUGAUUUAAAAUGCAAAAUAAUAUUACUAAAUGAUUGAUUUCUGUUUUGAAAAGUAAAAGCAAUUAUUUUCAAUUUGGUUUCUGCUGAGCUAUGCACAUUUGAACUACAAAGAAAUGCAAUUACUACAAAGAACUAUAAAAAAAGUGUGAAAAGUGAAUUAUGCUUCACUGUUACUUAAUAAAUCAGAUCUACCCUUUCAGUGUCUCUCUUUGCAUGUAAAGAGAACUUUUCUUUUUAAAGUCAUAUCAGUAUGGUGCUCUAUUAAUUUCAUUUAGAAGAUGCUGUAAAGCCCAUUUUAAGAUACUACAUUCAAUUAAUAAGUUUACUUGUUAAUGUUAUAUAUACAUAAUGUUAUAUUCUGUACUUUAUUUAAAAAAUAAAUAAAUAUUAUUUUUCUUUUGUUGCAUUUAUUA